AAAGGAUCUUAAGCUUAUACUGCUCCAGAAGUUUACUAAAAUGUGUAUAAAAAACUGUCUGAUCUGUUUUCUGUCGGAAUUGUUUUGCUAGAACUUGAUAACAUAGCAACUUUUGAUAUCAGUAAAACAAAUCUUGAGCAAAAGUUUGAAACAAAAAAUGGAUAAAUCUUCUAAAAUUUCAACAUAGAUAGAUAAUCCCAAAUCUAUAAGAUAGUCAUGCAAUGCCUUAAAUACGAAGUGGACCAACGUAAACCUGCAGUUGAGCUUCUAAUUUAAUUCAUUGUUUAGAACUAAUAAUACUUAAAUGUAGAUGUUUUUACAUUAUUAAAUAAGUCUCAAUUAAAGCAGAAAGCUGAAUAAUUUAACCAAAUUCAAAUGAGUAUAGUUCAGAAGAAGAAGAAAAAUGAAAGUGAAAUCUUACAGCUAUCUUAGAUUUAUAAUAAAGAUUUACACUUAGAAAAGCUUAUAAAAAAAUACGAAUAAUUGGAAAGAAAGCCCUUCGAAACUUAUGAAUAUUAAAUCAUUCUUAAUGAUUUGCAAAAAUUGACUAAAUUUGAUCCUAACUUCGAAUUCAUUUCAGUUGGCGCAACUGGAUUAGUUCUCGGGAGCUAAAAAGCAUGA